AUGAACAUUAUUACUUGUAAAAAUGAUAAAAAAAACACCGAUUCCGACGACUGUCAGCCAAAACGAAACCUGAACAGGUAAACACAUUUUUUCCAUCGGCUGCAUUUUUGUAAAUUCAUGUGCUAAAUUAUAAUAAUAUUGCAGAAUGACCGAAGACGUGCUCCGUGAAAUAUGCAAGAAAAAUAAAUUGUAUCGUACGCCGCAUCUAAACAAUGUGUUAUAUCUUCAUUUUAAAGGUAAAUAUACAAGGUGAUCGCGAGUAUAUAGGCAAUCUGAAUUUAUACUUUACUGAGAUAUUUGACGGGUUUUGUUUUCGAUAGUAUAGGUAUAUUGCGUUUGUUUUUCCGGUCAAAUAUAAAACGCCAUUACGAGUUUUGGCAUCACCGGGUAGUUUCCGGUAUCAUAGAUUUGUAUUGUCCCCGCCAUUCAUAGUAUUUGUAUAAAAUCAUUUCCACGGCGGUACACAAUUGAAAUAUUAUUGCUCUGCAGUAUUCACAUUUUUGAAUUUUAUCUCCAAUUUUGAUCUACAGUAUGAUCAAUAUAACAUAAGAUAUUCACUAUCUUUAAAAGUAUUAACUUUACAAAAUUAGUUUGUCAAAACUGUUUAAGAAACAAGCAGCUCUAAAAUGCUAUAUUAUUGUUAUUUUUGUCACCAUUAUUGUGGAAAAUAAAAUCACUUUACACUUUUGAUUUUCAAAUAGGAACUUAUAUUAAAAAUACUAUAAAUAGAUGAAGUUUAAGUUUAAACAUAUUUUUAUGUUAAAAUUAGUAAUUUCUGUACACUCGUUAACGAAUUUGUCCAUGUUUAAAUUUGGGCAGAGGAGAGUAGUAAAGCAUCAUUUGUAGUACGUGCCAUUUAAAUAGUGUUCCAUUACUAUUUUCUUGCCCAUAAAACAAUAAACUUAAAAGUGAAACAUCUCGUUAACGGGUUGACGAAAUAUAAAAAUGUCAACAGAAAAAUGUAUUCAAACUAUAAAUUUAUCUAUUUAUGGAAUUUUGAAUACAAGUUACUAUUUGAAAAUCAAAGACUUACAAUGAAAAAAAAUAUGUAUAAUAUUUCUUUUUAGUAUAUUAUAUAGUAUAGGUUUUAUUACGAUAAUUAAAACACAAAUUAAUGUAAUUUAUUUUUCCAAUGACGUUAUAAAUAUUCAGAUCUUAUAAAUAUAAAUGCAAAAUUAAUUAAAAAUAUAAAAAUAAUUAAAUAGGUAGUAAAGUUUCACAUUUAAUUGAAAAUAAUGUUUAAAAACUCUUAGGUAGUCUUCUAUGGUUCUAUUUUUAUAAUCAUCACAGACAUAAAAUUUGUUGAAUUUGAAUCCGACAACUUUGCAUAAAUUUACGCAUUAUCAGAAUAUCUGUAGUAAUAACAAUAACCUGAUAAACAUUCCAAAUUUCUUAUCAGUUUACGAUCUGUUUUUGGGUUGUAUUAAUUUUUUCAAAAUUCAAAAAUUAUUUAUUUAGUUAAUUCAUAUAAUAACAUAUUCUGAAAAUAAUCUGGUUUAAUAUUCAAAGGGUAAUUUGUUAUCUGCAAAUAUUACGAUGAGUGUAUUUUAUGGUACCUAUAUACUCGCUUUAACAGGGGUAUUUUUUAACAAGAAUGGGAAAAAAUACGUGAUAAAAAAAUAAUUAUAAUUACGUCUCUAAAAUUAGGAGUUCACUAUUAUAACAGUGACAGCAUUAAAGGCAUUGCCCAAUUUUCAAUCAAUAAACGUGUCCGUCAGGAUCGUUUAAGACCAAUUAUAUAUAGGUAUAUAGUUGUAAAAGUGUUGACAAACAAAAAACUGCGAAACUAUAUAAUAGUUUCUCUUUUAGAUUUAAUAGUUAUUACGAAAGUCUGUUGUAGGUUUAAUAAAAGUGUACUAUGAAGCAGUGGGGCGCAACCUGAAGGUCACAAAAUGUUAUAAGGGGGGCUGCUAAUAAUUUAAUACCAAAUGAAAAAGUUAAUUAUAAUUAGUUUUACUAAGAUGUUUAUUUUUUUUUAUAUACUGUGUACACAAAUUCUACCAAAAAUCUUGCUCAUAUUUAUACGCGAGGCACCAUUUCUGAAUAGGAAUGUUGUCCAUAUAGUACUUUUGGGAGGUCAUUUUUUGAUUUUCCAAGAGGUUUUCAUAAUAUGUAGGAAAGACCAGGAUAAAACAUAAGAAAAACGGAAAAUUCACGAAAAUAAUACUUUUAUUAUUUUUUAAUUUUGUUGUUUGUUGUAAUUCAGUUAAAAAUAUUCGUGAAAACUUGAAAUUUCGAUAGAAAACUUAUACUUACACUAACUAGACAUGGCAAGAUUUUCAAAAAAUGUGAGCUAUUUAUAGACAAUUAAAUUUUGAGAAUUUAAAUUUUUUAGUAGUUUUUUGACUGUAAUUUGGUUAAAAAUACACGUAGUGACUUGAAAUUUUGUAGUAAUACUUAUAUUGGACUUACCUAGAUGUGGUAAAAUUUUCAAAAAUCAUCGGACGUUCUUUUAAUUUUUUAACAAUGGUACAUUAUUUUGUUUUAUAUACUGUAGACCACUUUUAUCCUAACAAACUUUCUUCGAUGUAUAAGUGUAUCACCUUUUCUGAAAGUCAAUCUUAUCUUCUUGGUAAAGUCAGAAUUGAGCGGACUAAGUUUCAAAAUUAAAGCUUUUUAAAGUUCUGGUAUUAUGCAGAUAUUAUAUGUUAUGUUAAAUAACUAAAUUUUGUCUACUCUAAAGUAUAUUUGUCGUAGCUGAAUGGUUAUGAAUACCUAUUUUCAUUUUAGGGUUCGCGAAUCCGUCUUUUGAAAAAAAUUUCUUAGAUAUUUUGUUCCCUUUUACCUAAACAAGAAAAAACUAAUGUAUUUUGGGUGUACCUAGUGACCCAAGCCAUUGCUCACUUGGACUAUUUUAAUCGUAAAAUACCACUAAAUUUGUUGUGUAAACUUUUCAACUAAAAAUCUUUUUAUGAUGUAUCAAGUGUAGCUUAUUUUCUGAAAGAAAUUUUAUCACCAUGGUAAAUUGAGAAGGUUAGUUUUUGAUUUUCCCAAAAAAUGGGAAACAUUGUAAACAACGGAGAAAAACAUGAAAAACGAAAAAUGCACAAAUACAUGAGUACAAUUUUACGGUUUUUUUUUUUUCUGUAGACAACUUUUCUCCAAUUUACAAUAAUAGCAUUUUUUCUACGAGGAAAUUUGACUGGAGAGAUGAUUUGGUUAUUUUUUGAUUUUUUCAAGAGUUUUCCCAGUAAAUAUGAAAAACCAGGAAAAAAAAAACUGGGAAAAUGAGAAAAUCGGUACAAUAUUAAACAAAUAUUAUUAAAGAAAAUAUAUUAUGCCUAUUUAAUUACUUUACUAUAAUAUGACACAUAUAUUGUUAACCAAGCAUCAUUUUCAAUUGAACUCCACUCAGAAUAGGUUUUUUCGUUAGCUAUGGUUUAAUGUUGCUUACAGAUAUACAUUAAAUUACCAGGGGCUGCACCCUACCUCAUUAUUCUUAGACGUCUUUUUAGGUUUAUGUUUUGAAUUAAUUGAAUUAAAGAAAUAUUAAAAUUGCCUAAAAUUAACAAUUUAAUUUAUAUGAAUACAAUUUUUGUAUACAUUAAGACCAUUAAGUAAGUAUGUAUUAUAUACUUUAUGUUGUUAGGAAGAGGAGUCGUAUCAUCAAAAUAAAUCAUUUCGGGGGUCGUGGAUAAAAAAGGCUGCGCACAACUACUUUACAGUAUGUCAAUAGUUUAUCGUUGCCCAUUUUAGGGUUCUGUGUAGCCAAAAUUGCAAAAACGGACUCUCAAAUAUAAUUUCUCCAUAUCCGUCAGUCAUCUUAUAAGUUCAACACUAUUCAAAUCGUAUGAUUAAAAAUACAACUUUAGGUAAUGGGGAGGGGUGCAGUCAUUGUUAUAGAUAUACCUGUAAGCAACGAUAAACCAUUGGUUACGAAAAAAAGAUUCUGAGUGGAGUUCAGUUGAUAGUUAUGCUUCUUCAACAAUUUAUAUACUUUAUUAUAUUAAAAUAAUUAAACAAGCUCUAUAUAUUUUCUUUAAUACUAUUUGUUUAAUGUUGUACCGAUUUUCUCAGUUUUUUACAUUUUCUUAAAAAACUCUGGGGAAAAUGGAAAAAUGACUCCUUUAAAGUACCUCCCCAUACCGAUUUCCUUUCAGAAAAAGUGUUACAUUAAAAAUCUGAGCAAGUAUUCUGGUAAAAAAGUUGUGUACAGAAAAAAACAGAUAAACUUCUUUGUAAAACCAUGAGCUUCUUUGCUCCACUCAAAAUCUAAAAUUAAAACUUUAAAAAAAUCCAAGAAAAUCACAUUCGAUAAAUUCUUCUAACGAAAAUUAUUUUUCUUUUAGUUAAUGCGUGUAUAAAUCACAGUUGACUUUUUUUAUUGUUUUGUAUUGUAAUUAAUAAGUAACAUUUUAAAAAGUUAAAAUUUUCUAUGGAAAAUUUGAUAUUCAUACCGACAAAUUUAAACCGUCUGGUAAUACAAUAAUUAUAUUAUUAUAGUUUUAAACGCAAGAUUUGAUAUUAUAUUAGUUAUUGAUACAUUUAAAUAGGUAAUGAAAUUCGACUGAUCGAUCAAUGGAUAUUUUCCUCUACCUAUAUAUCGCGUGUUGUGUUUAUAUUAUAGGAUUUUCAAAAAUCGAAAACUUGGAAUCCUAUACGGGAUUAAAAGCCCUAUGGUUAGAAAACAAUUGUAUAACGGAAAUAUGCGGUCUUGACAAUCAAACCGAACUGACGUGUUUGUAUUUGCAUAAUAACGUGAUAAAAAAGAUCGAACAUUUAGAUAAUUUAACCAAACUCGACACGGUCAACUUAUGUUAUAACUUCAUUAGCAAAAUAGAAAACUUAAGUGAGUUACAACGCGUGCGGACGACGUUUAUUUUAGUUAUUUUAACGAAAAUUAUUUCGUGCAAGAUGUCUUACCGGUACUCACUAUGUUGCAAAUGGCACACAAUAUUCUCACUACCGCUAACGACAUUGCUCAGUUGGCCGAAUGUAAGGAAUUGGCUAUAGUCGAUUUGUCGUACAAUAAUCUUAACGAUCCAAAAAUUGUCGAAGUGAGUAUACGUGUAAUAUCGCGCGCUUCUUCUUAUCCGAAAUAUAAUAACCACCGUAUUCUGUAGAUUUUUGGAAAAAUGAAAUCGUUACGCGUGCUUACACUGACCGGAAAUCCAGUGAUUUCCAAAAUAGGUUUCUAUAGGAAGACGAUGACUUUAGUGUGCGUAAGUACAUAUAUACGCCAUAAUUAUUAUUCUUAUUACCCAUUAUAAGUUAUAUGUAAAUUAUUGUCAUAGAGAAGUCUGUGCCAUUUGGACGAAAGAACAAUAACUGAGAGAGACCGUCUGUGCGCGGAAGCGUGGUAAUAAAAAUUAUUUAUUGUUUUUAUUUUUAUUAUUUAUUAAAAAAUUAUUUACUGUAUAUGUAUACAUUGUUUGUCAAUGUAAAAAAUAAUCUAAUCCUUUGUUUUUAUCCAAUACGAAUGGGUCAGAUAAUAGCUUCUCCGUAUUUUCAUUAUCCACGCCUCACGGGUAAAUAUCCUUUCCCAUUACUUCAUCAACUCCUAUAGCUCCUCGAUAUAACAUUUUCUUCGGCCACUUUUUCUUUGGACUACCAUCACGUUUCAAACUUCCGCUGACACUCAACUUAUCUAAUUUUUUCACGACAAUACUAUUUUUCUCGAGUCAACGUGCGCCCAAUGCCAUAGUAAUAAUGAAAACCGAUUGCAUCAUUAUACAGGAGGAUAGGCGGAUUGGAAGCCGAACAAGCAACAAGGAAAAGAUUGAUAAACGACGAUUACAAACGGAUAUCUGCCUCGGUAAACGCGCUGAUUAAACGACGCAAGCAGGGUUGUGACAACAACGAUGACUUAGAUGAUGGCCACAGCAGCACCCAAUCGGACGGAAGAUUUGUCUGUUCCGACGACUACUCAGUAAGUAGUGAUUCGGAAACUUCUUCAACAGAUGAUGAACUGGCCGACAAUGUCCACCACACGGAUGUCAAAAUUGUAAUGCUACAAACACCAGACGAAGUCACUGAAGAAGGAGGUCACCGUUUACAAGAAGAGAGUCACCUUGCUACGGACUGUAGACAGCCCAGUUUAUCGGACGAGAAAUAUGCCAAUAUCGUUUUCAGCGUUUCCGAACCGCCGGCGUACGCUGAAAGAACUGCAUGUACGAAGAGCACUUUGGUCACGUGUGAAAAAACGAUGUCGGACGGAUCGAGCGAAGUGUCAGCAAUAGCCACUGUCGACUCGUGCGAUUUAAUGAUUGAUUGCGAUGCAGCGCAUAAAAAACGACAGUCGGAUUCGACGUUGCUGACCUAUGACGGCGAUGGCGUGACAGACGUUGAGUCGAUGUUUUGGGCCGGUGACAAACAAAUGGGCGACGGUUUUGCCGAGAGGGAAGAAUACCAGGAAAUUGUGUGCAACGUUGUUUUGCCGAUUGACGGAGAUGAGACUGUUGGCAAUGGGGAUGCGUGUCACACUAUUAUUCAAUAUCCACCCGUGGCGCUGUGUACCGACAUCAAUAGUGACGCCGGCAGCGAUUAUGACACAUGCAUAGACGGCAACUGCGUCUGCGAUAACGAUGACUACAGUUCGGACAGUUCAUUGUGCAGUUGGUUCACGUGCAAAUCAAGCCUGUCGCACUGCUAA